AUGGAACCGGUCGUUAGUUUUUUGUGCCAACUAUCCAUAGAUCCAGCUCGAAACGUUUAUUUACGUAGGCAAUGUGCACGUUCGGUAGCUCUUUGUACGUUCCUAUACUUGGAACAGCCAACAUCUAUUCUUGCUUCCAUUGUUACAUUACGGUCUAUUUGGUUUACUGCAAAAUCAAGUGCUGUUUCUUUGAACCUGUUUUGCGCAGCUUUAUCGGGAUGGUCUCUACUAAUUCAUCGAGUAAGAAUAUUCAAGGAAAAGCAAACUACUACUAGUUUAUUCAUUGGUGGAAGUCAGAAACAUGUUUCUGUUUUUAUUUGCCUAGCUAAGUCGUGCUGGCACCCUGUAUACCCUCACGGUGGACUCCUAGAAGGAGGACCAGAAAUUUUGAGAGUUACGUUACUAGAUGAACCCAAAUUGUCUACAUUUCUCAAUGGCACAAAGGAACAAGAAAUGCCGGAAUUUGAUAUAAGAUUUGGCGAUGAGACACUGCGUAUAAAAUCAUAUCGAAAGAAACUCUUGUACGACUUAAAUGUAGCGUUUUACGUGGUAGCAUAA